AUGGCUGCCGGCUGCAUAAAAGAACUUUCUCAAUGGCUUACAACUGAGAAGGGCCAAGUGGCCAUCUACGAUGCGACCAAUAUUACGGUUGAAAUCAGAAGAUUUAUCUUGGACCAGCUUCCAGCUAAUAUAGCGCCUAUUUUUCUUGAGUUUACCAUAACACAUCCAGCGACAGUGGAGCACAACAUCGAUGAAACCGCUCGGUUUUGUUCGGAAUACUCAUACUUGGGGUUUGAGAAGGCUCGAUUCUUGUUGAAAACGAAACUGGCGCUGCUUGAGCCAUAUUAUCAAAGCGUUGGGUACAGUGACAGUGAAAAGCUAUUUUCGUGCAUCCAUAUGAUCGAUGUCAAAUCGCAGAUCAUCAUCAAGAAUUUGUACGGCUAUCUUGAGGUAUCAUUUCAUCUUAUGCUUGUCUUUUCUUUGUAG